GCGGACGUACAGUUUUCUGAGGCCCCUUACUGGGAUGGCCUGAUUUAUUGGAGAACGGUUAAUUACAAUAUUUACUACACUUUAAGAACUAAGAAAAUCAACAGAAUGAAAAUGAUCUUCGAGUUUUAUGUAAGACAAUUAGUUUGCGUGUUAAUUAUGUUGGUGCAUCAGUCGUUUACUCGAACAAUUGAAAUUAGUGCCUACGGAAACGGGUCCAGUUAUGGGUAUCCCGUAUUGAGAAAUGGUUAUGUAGAAAGGCCAUCAAUUGGUCGGGCAAUGAGUGGUGAUAGGUAUCGAAAUACACUUGAUAAUAUGUCCAGGAAACCUGUUUCCAGUUAUCAGGACCCACUGAAAACACCGAAGUACAUUGUGUAUCCCAGCAACAGUCAAUCCAUUGAUAAUGGGAUUCCAUUGAAAACAGAUGGCGCCAUGGAUCGAUUUGCACCUGGUGAAGCGUACGGCGGAACUGUUUACAAAAUAGUGAAAGCAAGGGAGAAUAAAAUCAAAUACGGAUACCAGUACCAGAAACCUAACGCUGCCUCGUUUGACGAUGGUAUACCAAGGACUACGGCGUCACCUCCAAUUGCGGUAGCAGCACCAUCUCUGCCACCUCCCGUGACCUCACCACCCAUACCAGUUUUCAUAGCAGGACCAACUCCAAAUCCUUCUCCUCCAUCUGUAGCAACCGCUCCAGCUACAGCUGCCCCAGCACCAGGUGCUUCAUCAGAAUCAACUCCAUCUAGCCAAUACAUCCCACCGUCAGAUUUAAACCUUUUCGCACCUAACAUUCAUUCACAUUACCCACCUCCAGCGGAUGGCGAUGUACGGUUUAAUGGAGUCUCAAGUUAUCUCCCCCCACCUGCAGGAACACCGGACGAUGCCCCAUCAGUAGAUUCUGGACCCCAACCUGUCUCUUCAGCUGAUUCCGUUCUGUCAGCACCAACUCAACCAGCAUCAGCUCCUCCUUCAAAUCAAUACAUCCCUCCCGAUUCGCUAUUCCAAUUUCCUCCGAACAUUCACUCACACUAUCAUCCUCCCCCAACAACCGAUUUCCAACCCAACGGAAUUUCAAGCUAUCUUCCACCACCGGCUGGACCAACAGAUUCUUAUCUUCCACCACCCUCCGGAGAUUCAUCCAAUGGACCCUCACCUGGUCCAUCGGACGCAAAUGACAUGAUCGGAACGAUCCCCGUGGGACCCAAUUCCCCAUACUAUUCCUACCUACCACCCUCGCAGCCAGCAACCCCCUCCCCGAUGACAAUGCAACAGAUGCCCCCACAAAUGAUGAUGGGCAUGCCCCUACCAAACAACAUGAUGCCGAUGGGUAUGCCCCCUGCAGCUAUGGCCCCGUUCGAAAUGGGACGCAAUCCUCCCAUAGAUUUCGACUUCCAUGGGUAUUAUCCGCAUGAUCAUUUUCCAGAGUACAUCUUCGAUCACGAUCAUGACCAUGAUCACUUUCACGAUGAACCAACGACAACAACUCCAGCUCCACCUCCACCACCACCGCCGAAGCCACCGAAGCGUGUCAAGAAUUUCUCCUACUACUACGUCACCCGAUUCUUCUGGUACAUCCCGUUGUACUUCAGCUUGUACAUGCUGUUCUACGUGCUGGUUCUGAUUCUGCGGUUCGUAGCGCGGCGUAAGGUCAACUAUCCCAACCAAUGGACCGGCCGAUCACUGGGUGAAAUACAAUACUUGACGAACGACCAAGCAGUGGACAAGGCAGAUGUGAUGACCGGAUUUGUGAUGAAACAAAUUGAAGAUUUCAAGGAGAAAUAUUUGUGAAACAGGGUUAGUUAAUAUCGUUAUUUUGAGGUAUU